AUGGAUAAAUGGAAAUCCUUUGCUCUCUCAAAGGAAGAAGAAGAAGGGGUAGUCGCUGAUGAAGAAGAGAUAAUUGAAGAUGAAUCUAUGCAGAGAACGCUUGCGGGUAAACUGUGGACUGAAAGUAGUUUUAACACCAGAGCUUUCAAGAACACAAUGCUGAAUGCUUGGAAGCUGAAACUCCCCGUGGAAAUACAAUAUCUGAUUAAAAACCUUUUUAUUUUCAAGUUCGGCUCAAAGAGAGAUAUGGAAUUUGUUCUUAAGUCUGGACCAUGGAGUUUUGAUAGAGUGCUGCUAGUGCUGAAUCGCAUAUCCAGAGAGGAACAACCUUUAUAUUUAAACUUGCACUCAAGUUCCUUCUGGGUGAGAAUUUAUGACUUGCCUCUUAUGCUUAGAUAUGAAUCAAUGGCGAAGAAGUUGGGGAAUAUCAUUGGAUCCUUUGAAGAAAUGGAUGUCAAAGAGGCACACAGAAAUGGAAGGUUUUUGCGUAUCAAAGUUUCGGUGGAUCUGAAGGAACCUUUAAAACGUGAGGCGAUGGUGACUUUCAAAGAGAGAAAGAUUAGGGUCCACUUUAAGUAUGAAAGAUUGUCGACAUUUUGCUUUGUCUGUGGAAGGAUGGGACACCAGAUUAAAGAUUGCAAAGCAGUAGAGAAUCUGAAUGAAGAAGGCUUUGAGGAGUUGGAGGAGCAAGACCUCGCUUUUUGGCAAUGGCUUUGGAAAGACAGGGGUGAAGAUCUUGAGGUUCAGCAAGGCAUCAUGAAUUCAACUCUCCACAAAGGAUCUGAAUCUCUUGGAGAAGUAGCAUUGACAAUUGAGAAAGCUCCCAGGAAAGAAACUUCUACUCCAGGAGGUGUUCAGAAAAAGAAAUGGACUAGAAGGAAGACAGUUGAAAGUGUUAAGACUGUUACAAGAAUUCUGCCCAAGCCAAAAGCAAACAAGCGACAUUUAGUGGAUACUAUGAUUGUUGAAGGAAAUUUAGACGAGUGUGGUGUGGGAGAAAAGAAAAGGAAACAAACUGGAGAUGUUAGUGGUGUUCUAAACAAUGGACCAGAGUUGGUGUUGGAAGACCAACACCGCCUUCCACAAUGA